CACAAUGCACCGACACUCGAGGCCACGCCCCCGCAAUUUUGUGGGCGGGGCGUGAUCCGGUUGGUAACCGAGAGAAAACGCAGAAGCACACAAAGUCUGUGGUCUUGAGUCGGUGAGAAGCACCCUUUUCCAAAUGGAGACUACACAGGAAGACCAGUGGGAACCGGCGCUUCACGGCUGCCACCACAACAGUAAUAACAACAACAAUAAUAACAACAACAAAGACAGCGAGGCGGGAGAGAGCUCCGCUACAGCGGCCAGCGCGCCCGAACCCGGCGGGAAGACGGUGCAUAGCGUUGGUAAUGGCUCGGUCAUCAAUCCCACCGGGGGGAAUAACGGGAAGUGGGUUCGGCUGAACGUCGGCGGCACCGUUUUUCUUACGACGAGGCAGACGCUCCUCAAAGAACAAACUUCGUUCCUGUACCGACUGUGCCAGCAGCAGGACCUACACUCUGACACGGAUGAGACGGGAGCCUAUGUGAUUGACAGAGACCCCACCUACUUUGGACCCAUCCUCAACUACCUGCGACAUGGCAAACUGGUCUACAACAAAGAGCUGGCUGAAGAAGGUGUCCUGGAGGAGGCUGAGUUUUACAACAUCACCCCUCUGAUUAAACUGAUCAAGGAGAGGAUUGUUGAACGGGACUCCAAGUCCACGCAGGUUCCCCCUAAGCACGUCUACCGAGUGUUGCAGUGCCAGGAGGAGGAGCUGACCCAGAUGGUCUCCACGAUGUCCGACGGCUGGAAGUUUGAGCAGGUCAGCGUGCGCGCCUGCAGAAAGCCCCGCACUGGACUGCUCUGGACUAUGGUGAACAUCGGCUCAUCAUACAGCUAUGGAACAGAGGAUCAGGCAGAGUUUUUGUGUGUCGUUUCCAAGGAGCUCCACACACCUGGUUCUGGACUGGGUACGGAGCAGAGCCACAAAACAAAGCCGGCAGAGACACAGGAGGAGGAAGCAGCAAAGCAGGAGGAGGAAGAAGAGGGAGGGAGAGAAACCACACCGAAUGAGUGGCUUAGAGAAUGAGGGAGUCAUGUUUCUUUGUUCCAAAGAGAGUCGGGAAAGGCUUUUCCAGAUCCAUGGCUCCCGGAUGUAGACAUGACAAGAACCUAAGUCGUUUAUUCAGGCUUAUUAAGUUCUGUACAUAGCAUGUGUGUGUGUGUGUGUGUUUGUGUGGCAUCAAACAGCUGCUGGAAACAGUUGUGUAGCAUUUUUAUUGCUGUAUUGACAAACUUCUAAAACAAGACAUUUGAGUGCAGCGGUAUCCUCCAAAAUACUUUCCAGGGACCUUAGUAGUAGAAGUGCUGGUGUGCGCACAUGUUUAGUUGCCACGAAUGGUAGUGCAACUUAGUACUUUUAUGACCAAAGAUAUGGACUCAAGCAGGCUAUGAUGAUGUUUUGAAUUUGUAAUGUCGCUAUAGUGCCAUUCAUCGACGCACCAAAUUAACACCCAGAUUGUCCCAUAAUCUUUUCAAUAUGAUGUAUAAAGCAACUCGUGUAGCAAAAAAAAAAAAAAAAAGGAAAGGCCUCAAGCUGCUGGUGCUUAACAUGCAUCACCUUAUUGUAUUUGACAAAUAUUGCCUCAUUUUAUUCAUUAAGGCUUGGAGAAACACCAGUGUCAGCAAGUUGUCCACAAUUGCACCACAAUUGGUGGGAAUUGCGCCUCACGCAUGUUUGGCCCCUGCAGGAGUGGAUUGCAUUUCCUCAAAUAGUGGCGUCCGCGCCAGUGAAUGCCUCAAUUAGUUGCCGGCUGCUUUGACCCAUUUAAACAAAUAAAAUCGUUGUUAUAAGAGAAGGUACCUUUACUCUUUAGCCACGUUCCUGUUCUUAUUUGUUAAUAUUUCCAUUGUGAGUAUAGAGGCCGAAUGAUGAACAAUGCAGUAGAAAACUCCAUUUUUUAAAUCCUCUUCUCGUCAUAACGCACUGUUAUUUUAAAACAAGGGUUUUCAAAGUCUAAUGCUGUGAGCCUCCCUCCAAGGAGCCAAAGCGCUCCUGUGAUUGGCUGUAAUGCGAUCGCUCCUCACACGUUGGUAAUAGUAACUGACCCAUAGUAGAAAUAAAUAGAAAGACUCAAAAGAGGUCAAAGUCACCAACUACAUUCGUCGUAUACUUAAGACACCUAGAAGACGUGUCACGUAAUGAAUGCGAUCGCUCCUCUUUCAAGUCAUUUAUGACAGCCACCGCCUUCCAAAAUAGAAUCAUCACAAUGACUGGAAGGAAAUUGUAGUAUUGUAGAAGUGAAACGGUUGCACAGAGUUGAAAUAUUAUGAAAAUCCAUCCAUCCAUCCAUUUUCUGCUGGAGCCUAUCACAGCUGACUUCGGGCGAGAGGCAGGGUACACCCUGGACUGGUCGCAGGGCACAUAUAGACAAACAACCAUUCAUGGACAAUUUAGAGUCGCCAAUUAACCUAACAUGCAUGUUUUUGGAAUGUGGGAGGAAACCGGAGUACCCAGAGAAAACCCACGCAAGGGGAGAGAACAUGCAAACUCCACACAGAAAUGCCCAAGGGAGAAUUGAACCCAGGUCUUCCUGAUCUCCGGCCUGUGGCUGUGUGGCCAGCAUGCUAACCACUAGACCACUGUGCGGCCAUUAUGAAAAUCAAAACCACAAAUAAAGUUGUAAUUUUUUGGAAAAUUAAGCUGCGGAAAAAUGCAUAAUGUGAUAAGAAUAACGUCAAAAUAUUGUGGGAAUAAAGUCAUAACAAACAAGAAGAAAAUUGACAAAGCUUAUUUCGGAAGACAGUUGAAAUAUUUGGGAAAUUUUUUAAACAACGGCAAAAAUGGGGAAAAAAGAGCAAAGUUGAUACUAAUAAUACGUUUUUUCACCUAUAUCACAUAGGUGGGAUGCAUUUUUUUAAAAAAAUACUCUAUAUGUAACUCCUUAGCAUAUCUGCAUGUGUUGCUGUACAAAAUAUCAAAGUGGCCCUUGCAUCCUUUGUUUUUUCAGUAUGUGGCCCUCAGUGGAAAAAGUGUGGACACCCCUGGUUUAAGCUAAAAUGAGAAGAUAAUUGGCAGAAUCACUGAUGACAUGUUUGCAGAUAUUCUGCCAGGAUAUCAGCUUUGUAAGAAACAGGAUACUCUCUGCAGUUUGGAUAAAUAAACGCCCAUGGCCACUACUGUAUUUGAAGAAAUAACUUAUUAGCAUGAUGUGCAUGCAGGUGCAGGGUAGUGAAAUGCGCCCAUCUUUGUGUCUUUUCCAUUUUACACAUAAAUAUAAAGAUACCACACACUUUAUAAUCUAACUUUUGAUUCAGUUCUGAUCAUUUGCAUGACCCUGAGGUUACUUGGCUCUGGUCAGGUUGGGUUAACACCAUGACUUGAGAGAUUAUCUCUCUUUGAGACAACUGCAGCCAUCUGGAGGCUCGCAGCUUGCGUCUGUGCUCUCCAUUGUGUAGCACUAAUGUAACAGAGACACGCGCACACACACAGCAAGGAGUAUAUUUGAGACAAUCAAGCACUGAGACUCCCCCCCUCCCAUGAGCUUGACAUCAAAAAUGGGACAUUGAGAUCAUUGUGAUACAUUUUUAGCUGCAAUACCACAAUUCAUGCUAGUAUGAGAUGCUUUCUAGGCUGAUGUUAACCAUAUCGGUGGUGUUAGAAAUGUUAUUUUUUUUUAAUACAGUCUUUGGAUUAUUCAGUGCCUUCAGUUCAAGCGUGUAAAAAUGGAUUUUCAAAGAGGAGUCAGUUAAAGCAUUGUUUUUGUCUAAUUUUAGUACAUAUCUUAAUAGUAGAUGAUGUUGUGAAGGCUAUUUUGUACAUGUCUUUUUUUAUUAUUAUUAUUUUGUAUAUUUGUUUUUUAUUUAUUAUCCAGGGUGAAAUGUGUCAGACAAAAAAAAAUAUUCAGGGGUUUGUGAUCGGGGUGAUCAUCUGUCUUCUCGGUGAGCUUUUUUUUAUACUUGAUGACGAGCAUUUACAGUAUGUUACAAUGAACAGCACAGAAAUAAGACAAGAUAUGCUGGUGUUUUUAGCACACCAUCCAAAAUAUGCGUUCACAGCAUUCAUUCCUUUCGCUCCUGCUCCUGUUUGAAUGAGUGUUUUGCUACUUGCUCAUGUAGCGUUUUGUCAUUUGUACACCACUUGUUAAAUGCUUCCUGUUGUAUACUUGCAGUAUUUGAUGUGUAAAGGUCAUACAGAGCUGUCCCCUUUCAUUACCUCUGGACGGCAACAACAAAAACAGACGGGAUGUGGAAUUGAAAACAGUUUUAUUUGAUGCAGGGGUUUCUUCUGAAGUCACAGCCUCAAUGUACUGUACUAUACACAACAAGGUGAGAAACAUUCUACAAAAAGAUGUAUUUUAUGUAAAUGAAUGUCACUACUCUGACAAAAUAAAAGACUUCCCCUUUGGCUUAAAAAUA